AUGCUGCCACAUGAAGUAUUCUCAUCGCUUUUCCAUUCUUAUGGGCCUGCAUUCCGAUCACAUAUCCUGCCUCGGCCAGAGGAUCUUGGACCUUUUUGGACGAAAGUUGCUGGACACCCCGCCCGCGAAGACCACGAUGUCUUGUCUCGGGAAGAUCGCUUCACGAAAGCGAUACCUAUCGGUGUCCACGGAGACGAUUGCCCGGUUUCUGGACUCGGCAAAUGUUGGGUUUCGAAGCUGUCCACACUGAGUUGGUAUUCAUUCAUGGGUACAGCAUCCCGAACCCUUGAGAAGCUCAUCUGGAUAUAUUCCUGCCCUGAAAAGUAUCGCUUGAACAAGUCCGACGAGUGCGAGCCUACUCUUGAGACCUUCUUCAGAAUACUCGCAUGGUCGCUGACGUGGCUUUAUCGAGGCCAAUGGCCGGAUAAAGAUUUCAAUGGUGUCAAGUACAAGAAGGGAACUCUGGAUCACAAGCGGGCUCUGUCCCCGCUUGCAGGAGGCUUCUACUGUGUCCUGCUUGGAAUCAUUGGAGAUUUGGACUGGUUCGCAGGAGUUUUGCAGCUGCAGCAUUACGGAAGCUCGACAAGCCCCUGCUGCUUAUGCAAGGCCCAGGCCAAGGGAGCCCUCACCUUCACUAAUUUUAGAACAGAUGCAGCAUGGAGGACAACUGUGUGGAAGGCGAAAGAUUGGAUUGCAGAUCCGAACCGAUCUCAGAACCCAAUUUUCCGGGUUCCUUCAACAUCAUGCCACGUCGUGGCAAUGGACCUGAUGCACACGAAGUAUUUGGGCACCGACAUGUAUAUGUUCGCCUCGGUGAUAUACCUCCUUUGCCAUUUGAUACUUCCGCAUGAACCACAUGAAAACCUUCGGGUUGUUUGGCAAAAACUGAAGGAGUGCUAUGUCAAGCUUGGUAUUGCAGCUGGUCAGCGGUUUCGUGCUUUGACAAAGACUUCCAUGUAUAUUCGGAAGAGCGGAUAUCCGAAGCUUCGAGGCAAGGCCUAUGAAGUCCGUUAUCUUGUACGACCUUUGUUGGAGACAUGGCUUUUUUUCUGCAACCCUCGGCUUCAUGUCCAUCAACAGAUCAGCCUCAUGCUCAAGCAGAACGUUCUGAUGGAAUCGGUGCUUACAGAAUACAAAGAUGUGUUACAGUUCCCUGCCGAGGGGGCUCAAGCUUUCCGGAAAGCCACCACGAAUAUGCUGCUUUUGCAUGCUGCUGUCGCGACACAUUUCGCUCAUGCUGGUCUCCAAAUCUUUGAUAUCACCAGCAAAUUUCACCUGCACCAACACAUCGCCGACUACAGCGAGUAUGUGUCUCCACGGACUGUAUGGUGCUUCUCUGGCGAGGACCUUAUGCGGCAUACUCAAAAGCUUGCACAAUCUUGCAGCAGGGGGGUCGGCCCCUGCCAGGUCGUUGGGAAAAUGGCUCGCAAGUACAGGCUGGCAUUGCACCUUCAAUACUCGGAAGAGUGA